CAGAGCAGCGUCCGCAUAGACGCCGACCGGCGGUGGGCAGUAGUGAAAGGCCUAUGGACUGCUGUACACAAGGGCAUGUUCAAACCAAGAGACCCUGGCAUCCCCUCCGCGCCCUCGCAUAUAACUCUCAACCACCCCACAACCCCAACCUCAACUUUCCACCUCGCCCGACCACCACCCCGGGGAGCGGCUGAACCACGCGCCGGCGGGCUACUCCCCCUUUGAUGGCAGAGUACUCGGCCUACUCGAGACUAACUGGACAAUCGUUUUACCCACUCCACGUACCCGGUCCAAAUCGCAACCUCCCUUCCCGCGUCCGCUCGCCUACCGCUAGCGGCCGCAAUCCUCUCAACGCCGGCUCCCUUUCUCCUUCACGCUCUUCCGGUCCGCAGUCUCCGCAGCAGAUCGCCAUGUACAACCAGAACCACCCCCAUCAGACGCACAAUGUUAUGCUGAAUGGUGGCCCCGGCCACCGGGGCUACAUGCCCAUGAUGGGAAAGUACCAACAGCAUACGCAAAAUCAGCAUCAUCAUGGACAUACCCAUCAACAACACCAAGAGCACGCAACCGGGGCCCAUGCCAGUAUGAUGGGUCACCAGCAUUCGAUAUCGAACCCCAUCUCGAGCGGCGGCUUAUCGAACGCACAGCCCCAUUUCGCCCCGUCCCAUCUACAGAACGGUACUCCGGGAAGCGUGCAUAGCACUCUGAGCAAACCAGCAUGCGAGAAUUGGCAGGAACAGCUGCAACUAGCUCAUCGCGCUCGGGAGAUGACGCAAUCACACUCGUAUGCUAGGAACCAUCCGAGCGUGAACAAGAGCGUCAUGGGCGGUACUGGAAAUGGCAUUCAAAAUGAGACUGAAACAGAGGAGAGGAAUAGACCGGCAGGAAAUAGCGCGGACCAAAGCAAGACCAACCAUGUGUGGACCGCUCUGGAUCUCGGUGGCCAGAAUCUGAGAUGCUUGGCCGUGAACAUCUUCGACACCUAUCCCUUCCUGACAAAGCUAUAUCUGAACUGCAAUAAGCUGCAGCGCCUACCUGCGGCCAUUGGCAAUCUGAGGUCUCUUACCCAUCUCGAUGUGUCACUCAAUGAACUGAGAGAAGUACCUCCCGAAAUAGGCAUGCUUGUGCAGCUGAAGCAAUUCCUACUCUUUGACAACCAGGUCGAGACUCUACCCGCCGAGAUUGGCUCUCUGUACCAGCUCGAGAUCCUGGGUAUCGAUGGCAACCCUAUCACAGAGAGUUGGAAGUCGAUCAUCGUGGAGCAAGGCACCGCGGAACUCAUCAAGUUUUUCCGCGAGAAUGCACCGAUUCCUCUUCCUCCACCUGAGCGAGACUGGAUUGUCGUGGAUGAGACCUAUGAAGGCGAUCAAGAGACAAUUACCGCCCUCAGUUACAAUAUUCUGUGCGACAAGUACUGCACUCAAUCUCAAUACGGAUAUACGCCUAGCGCAGCAUUGUCCUGGGAGACCCGCCGAGAAACCAUCCUGGGGGAGCUAAGACACAGGGAUGCCGACAUUUGCUGUCUCCAGGAGAUCGACCAGGAAAGCUUCAACAACUACUUCCGAGGAGAGCUUGCACACAAUGACUACAAGGGCGUGUUCUGGCCGAAGAGUAGGGCAAGGACCAUGACUGAGAAGGAUGCGAAGCUGGUCGAUGGAUGCGCGAUAUUCUACAAGAACAGCAAAUUCAUCCUGCUGGACAAGCAACUCAUCGAUUUCGCCAACGCUGCGAUCAAUCGGCCGGAUAUGAAGGGCGAACACGACAUCUUCAACCGCGUCAUGCCCCGAGACGAUAUUGCUGUUGUUGCCUUCUUGGAAAACCGCACGACCGGGACAAGGCUCAUUGUUGGCAACGUACAUGUCUUCUGGAAUCCCGUCUUCACGGACGUCAAGCUCGUUCAAGUGGCGAUCUUGAUGGAGCAGAUCACCAACCUGGCCAACCGGUGGGCCAAAAUGCCCCCCUGCACGGACAAGCAAGUAUUCCGGUUUUCUAACGGCGACGGCGAGGAGGGCAAGUCUAUACCAGACGACACUCAGGAACCGGGCCCUUCAGUGCAGUACUCGGAUGGCGCAUCGAUACCUCUACUCCUCUGUGGCGACUUCAACUCCCUCCCCAACUCGGGCGUCUACGACCUAAUAACCCAAGGCAGCCUCUCCAACUCGCACUCCGAUCUGGGUAGCCGCAACUACGGAAACUUUACGCGAGAUGGGAUAUCCCACCCUUUCAGUCUGAAAUCCAGCUACGCGUCGAUCAACGAGCUAGCCUUCACCAACUACACGCCCAAUUUCGUCGGCGUGCUCGACUAUAUCUGGUACUCGACCAACACGCUCCAGGUCAUUGGCCUCCUGGGCGAGGUCGAUAAGGAUUAUUUGGCGAAGGUUCCCGGGUUCCCGAAUUACCACUUCCCAAGCGACCAUCUCGCCUUGUUUGCGCAAUAUGUGGUCAAGGCGAGGAAGGACACGAAGAAGGAAGCGAGGGAUAAGGAGAGAAAUGGCAACCGGUCAUAAGUGGAGGGAGGG